UGAUCAGGUUGUUGAUUGUGGAAUGUUGGUCCACUCCUCUUUAAUGGCUGUGCAAAGUUGCUUGAUAUUGGCAGACACUGGAAUAUGCUGUCAUCUACGCCAAUCCACAGCAUACCAAAAAUGCUCAAUGGGUAACAUGUCUGACACGCAACGCGCCUUGCAGGCGGUGGAGCGUCUCCAGGCCAAGCUGAAGGAGCGGGGGGAGGUGCCCACCGAGGAGAAGCUAAGCUUGCUCAGGUCGGUGCUCCAGAGUCCCCUCUUCCACCAGAUCCUGGCCUUGCAGAAGGCCGUGCAGCAGCUCAGAGACCAGGGAGGUGUCACACCUGCUUUGCGUGGAAGUGAUAUCAGUGAUCAUGUGACGACGGUACAACAACACAACAGCAGUCACGACUCUCACUCGAACAUCUCGACAGCGGCGCCUACAGUCAAGACAUCAUGCGAAGAAUUCAAUCAGAUUAUUCAGACCAUGGCACAGGGACGCUAUGUGGCUCACGUAGACUUGCACAAGCCUGCGUCAGGAGCCGGUCUGGGAUUCAGCGUGGUGGGCCUGAAGAGCGAGAACCGCGGCGAGCUUGGCAUCUUUAUACAGGAGAUUCAAGAGGGGAGCGUGACUCACAGCGAUGGAAAGCUAAAAGAAGCCGACCAGAUUCUGGCCAUCAACGGCCAGCCCCUGGAUCAGACGGUGACCCACCAGCAGGCCAUCGGCAUCCUGCAGAAGGCGUCUGAGAGGGUGCAGCUCACCGUGGCCCGAGGACCCAUACCUCAGCUGUGGCAACAUGUGGAGACCAUUGAGUUGGUCAAUGACGGGACCGGCUUGGGCUUUGGUAUCGUAGGAGGAAAGACGACCGGCGUUAUUGUGAAGACCAUCCUUCCUGGAGGCAUUACGGACCAGGAUGGACGCUUGCGAAGCGGAGACCACAUUUUAAGAAUCGGUGACACCGACCUGUACGGCAUGGGCAGCGAGCAGGUGGCACAGGUCCUGCGGCAGUGUGGCAACAGGGUGAAACUUGUCAUUACCAGGGGACACGUGGAUGUAGAAAAUCCCUCCGUGUCCUCCUUCACACCGGUAGAGAUCCAGCAGGAAGAGGAGCUGGAGAGACAGGUGGUGGACAAGGUUUAUGAAGGGGGGGACAAAGGGGCCGGAGGAUUUGAUGUCAGCCUCACCAAGAACAACCAAGGGCUGGGGAUCACGAUUGCUGGUUAUGUUGGGGAUAAAAAUUCAGAGCCGUCUGGUAUUUUCGUCAAGAGCAUCACAAAAGACAGCGCCGUGGAUCAAGAUGGACGUAUUCAUGUGGGAGACCAGAUAGUGGCUGUGGAUGGCGUCAACAUCCAGGGCUACACUAAUCAACAAGCAGUGGAAGUCUUGCGUCACACAGGCCAGGCCGUUCAUCUCAAGCUGAUUCGCCGAGGCUUCCGGCCUGAGGAGAUCCCCCCUGCCGUGGCCCCCGUCGUUACCGUCCUGCCUCCACUGGCUGCCGCAGCUCUGAUGGAGCUGGAGGUAAUAGAGAAGCAGAAGGAAGCAGAACAAGAUGAAAAAGAGACAAAGAGCAAAGAAACUGCGGCUGUAGAUCAACUGACAGAGGACAAACAAGGGACAACGCUGACGCCCUAUGAGGAGGAGGAACUGGUAAAAAAGUGGCAGGAGAUUCUGGGGGCAAACAAUGAAGUUGUCGUGGCUCAGGUGGAGAAGUUUAACGAGAGCAGCGGGCUGGGCAUCAGCCUGGAAGCCAGCGGUGGCCAUCACUACAUCCGCUCCGUGUUGCCCGAGGGCCCCGUUGGCCGCUGUUGUACGCUGUUCAGUGGGGAUGAACUGGUUGAGGUAAACGGUAUAGCCUUAAUUGGUGAGACUCACAAGGAGGUGGUCCGGAUCUUGAAGGAGCUUCCCCUCUGUGUGUACAUGACCUGCUGCAGACCCGCCCCCCACCAACAGGACAACACUUCCAAAGAAGAAGAGUCGGAAGCGUUAUCUGCCAGAUCCAAAUUAAAGAAACCAAUUGACUUAAUCAGCGUGCCGCCGUUCGAGGUCAAUACGACAUUGACGACAGAAGAAGCGACAGCAGACAAUACAACCCCCAAGGCUAUCGUGUCCCCGCUGGCCAUGUGGGAGCUGGAGAUCCAGAAUAUCGAGUUGGAAAAGGGAGCCGGGGGACUGGGAUUCAGCAUUCUGGACUACCAGGACCCGUUGGAUCCAGCAAAGACUGUCAUCGUUAUCCGCUCGCUAGUUCCCGACGGCGUGGCAGGGCAGGAUGGACGCCUAUUGCCGGGCGACCGCCUAAUGUAUGUGGGUGACACUGACCUGGAAGACGCCAGCCUGGAGGACGCCGUCCAGGCUCUAAAGGGGGCCAAGAUGGGCAUGGUGCAGAUUGGGGUGUCCAAGCCUCUGCCCGGGAUAAGUGGGAAUUCCUACUCACCAAAGCUAGUAACGCCAUUUGACCUACGAGAUUCAGACAACGAAGGGGAGCUGACCGGCAUCGUCCUUUUCCGAGCAGAGCCGGCAUUGGUCGACACCAGUGAAGUGGACGACGAGCUGCUGGAGCGCACUUUCUACGCUAAAGAAGACACUUUUCCGGCAUCCAUGAUUGCUUUUCAUGGAAGUAGUGGCGACCUGGAUUACCUGAACUCAUCAACACCCAAGUUGACGGCCUCAAAUCACCUCAACAAUGAACCAUUGUCCCUGAUCGACAUGACAACCCGACUCGGUGGAGUUGAUAACUACCUUUCAGCCACAGAGGAAACUCCAGUUCCUUUGCACUCCUAUAGCCCGUUUAGUGACUUGGAGAACAGACCCGCCCAAGUCCAGUCGGAAGAGAGGGUUCUGUCCACUGAGAAACAGAUGUUGAUGGAGGAGGAUGAGGAGUUGGAAACAAGAGGACGUGCAGACAAUGAUGCAGAGGAAGCGCUGAUGUCAGGAAGCAGUUUUGAGAGGACCAUCACGGUUGUCAAGGGCAACUCUAGUCUAGGGAUGACGGUGAGCGCAAUGAAGGAUGGCCUGGGGAUGCUGAUCCGCAGCAUCAUUCACGGCGGCUCCAUCAGCAGGGAUGGGCGCCUUGGGGUAGGCGACCUAAUUAUGGCCAUCAACGGGGAGCCCACAGCCAACAUGACCAACGCCCAGGCCCGUGCCAUGCUUCGCCGGCACUCUCUCAUCGGGCCAGACCUAGAAUCCGCACCCAAGGAUGAUCUGUGCCCGUUUUAUGUCAUCACGUACGUCCCUGCUGAGUAUCUGGAUGAGUACAAGAACAGCUUGGAGCAAGCCACAGCCAAUGUCUUCUCUGAACCACCACUGCUAAUUCCAGCUCCCAAGGAUGUUCCGAACCUUCCAGAGCGGGAAGACGGCGAGGGGGAGGAGAGCGUGACUUAUGGCAACUGGAGCCAACCUCGGCUGGUGGCGCUCUUCAGGCAGCCCGGCAAGUCUCUGGGCAUCAGCAUUGUAGGGGGACGUGGGAUGGGCAGUCGUCUUAGCAACGGCGAGGUGAUGAGGGGGAUUUUUAUCAAGCAUGUCCUGGAGGACAGUCCUGCUGGACACAACGGCACCUUAAAGACUGGAGACAGGAUUGUCGAGGUGGACAGCGUGGACUUGAGAGAGGCCAGUCAUGAGGAGGCGGUGGAGGCCAUACGCAAUGCGGGCAACCCCGUGUCCUUCUUGGUGCAGAGUAUCAUCCACAAGCCCAGAUGUGCAUCAGCAGCUGUGGCAGAGACCACAGAGGACAAUGCAGUAUCUGUGCUGAGAGACAAGAAGGACAAGGAGGCUGACAGUCACAGUAGACUUGUCCUGCGCCUCUCCCCAACUAACCCUUUCACUCCUACCCCGUUUAAGGCGAAAAAGCAUGAGACAAAGAAUGUCCCAGUCGGCAGCUGUGGAGUUGUUGCCCUGCCGGUGGUGCCGCACGUUGGUGAGACGGACACCGACGAGCUGACGGAGAUCCCGGGCUGGCCUUUGGAAGAUGCUCAGGAGGGGAACAAUGAGGAAGAAGAAGAGGUUGAUGAGUUUGGAUACAGCUGGAAGGACGUCAUCCAGCGCUAUGGCAGACUGCCAGGUGUCCUGCACAUGAUCGAGCUGGAGAAAGGCAAGACAGGACUGGGCCUCAGCCUGGCGGGCAACAGGGACCGCUCCCGCAUGAGUGUGUUCGUGAUCGGCAUCGACUCAGCAGGGGCGGCUGGGAGGGACGGACGCAUGCUCGUCGGGGAUGAGCUACUAGAGAUUAAUGGGGAGGUCCUCUAUGGCCACAGUCACCAGAAUGCAUCGUCCAUUAUCAAAAGUGCGCCGUCCAGAGUCAAAAUCAUCUUUAUACGGAACACAGAAUCCCUGGAGCAGAUGGCGGUGGGUCCUGUGAGAGAAACAGUUGGAGACACAAUAGACCCUCAUGAAGAGCCAGAAACAACGCCCGCCAAUGGUAAUGUGGACGGCGCCGCAACGCUAAAGGAAAACGAUGAGGAGACCACAAAGGUGAAAGUGCAUGAAGAAUAUAGUGUUCAGCACACAGAAAGUUGUACUGGAGGUGCCAGGAACGGGAAACCAGAGCUUGCUUACACCGUGGAAACAAUUCGAAACAGCCCAGAUGAAAGCAUAUCCAACGUGAUUCGCGCUGGUCAACUGGAAACAGCCGCGAGUCAUAGCUUGUCAUUGGUUCAAAACGACCCAGAAGAACGCCUCACCAGCGUAUCCAGCGUGCUUUGUCAACUGGAAACAGCUACGAGUGAUUCAUCUUCCCUUAUUCACAGUGAUGAGUUAAAAGGCACAUACAUAAACUCUUCCUAUAAAGGUCAAAGCCAAUCAUUGGUUCCAAACCACCCAGAAGAAGGCCUUGCCUGCUUACCCAGCCUGCUUUGUCAACCGGAAACGGCCACCAGUCAUAGCCAUUUAUCAACUCAAGACAACCUAGAAGAAGGCCCCGACAGCAUAUCUAGUGUGCUUUGUCAACUGGAAACAGCCAUAGGUCAGAGCCGUUCAUCGACCCCUUCUACACUAACCUGCGACCCAGCCACAUGCCCCAUCAUCCCGGGCUGCGAGACCACCAUCGACAUCUCCAAAGGGCGGACUGGACUUGGGCUCAGCAUCGUAGGAGGAUGCGACACCCUGCUGGGGGCCAUCAUCAUCCAUGAGGUCUACGUAGAAGGAGCAGCCUCCAAGGACGGCAGACUUUGGGCCGGAGACCAAAUUCUAGAGGUGAAUGGCAUCGACCUGCGCACCGCAAGCCAUGAUGACGCCAUAAACGUGCUCCGCCAAACCCCACAGAGGGUCCGGCUAAGCGUCUACAGGGACGAGGCCCAGUACAAGGAGGAGGACUUGUGGGACUCAUUCACCGUGGAACUGCAUAAGAGGCCUGGACAGGGACUGGGACUUAGCAUCGUUGGGAGGAGAUCGCGGGACCAAAGGAACGACACAGGGGUUUUUGUGUCCGACAUUGUCAAAGGAGGCUUGGCGGAUACGGAUGGUCGACUCAUGCAAGGCGACCAGAUAUUGACGGUCAACAGCGAAGAUGUCCGGUCCGCCACCCAGGAAGCUGUCGCCGCUCUUCUAAAGUGCUGUGUCGGUUCUCUGAAGAUGGAUGUCGGGAGGUUUAAAGCCGGACCUUUCCACUCGGAACGGAGGUUGUCUCAAAGUAGCCAGAUAGGUGAACCAAGCAGCUCCAAGGUGGCCUCAGACUCAGGAAGUGGCCCCAACAAGAGGUGUACUAGUCAAGAAGAGCACCAAGACGAAGUAAGAACGGUGGAGUUCACUAAAGGCCCCAGCGACUCCCUCGGGGUCAGUAUUGCAGGCGGUGUGGGCAGCCCCCUGGGCGACAUCCCCAUCUUUAUUGCCAUGAUGAACCCCGUCGGCCUGGCGGCGCAGACCCAAAAUCUGAAGGUCGGGGACCGGAUCGUCAGUAUUGGCGAAACCUCGACUGAGGGCAUGAGCCAUUCGCAAGCCGUCAUGCUACUCAAGAACGCCACGGGGACGAUAAAGCUGCAGGUGGUGGCAGGUGGCGAUACUACCGUGACCGGUCCAGCUCAUGAUCAAGCGACUGGGGGCCUCACAGCUAGUUGCAUCUUUCAGGAUGAGCUCAGCCCACCGCAAUAUAAAACAAUCACUCUGGAGAGAGGACCUGAUGGGUUGGGCUUCAGUAUCGUCGGAGGCUACGGCAGCCCCCAUGGGGAUCUGCCAAUUUACGUGAAAACUGUUUUCGGAAAGGGGGCGGCGGCAGACGACGGCCGCCUGAAACGUGGGGACCAGAUCAUGGCUGUGAAUGGGCAGCCACUGGAGGGCGUCACUCACGAGGAAGCCGUCGGUAUCCUGAAAAGGACCAAAGGCAGUGUCACCCUCACUGUGCUGUCCUAAUUUAGACAGUCUUCGUGACCAAAGUAUUUUCUCCAUUUUGACUAUGACUUAACUUCUUUUUUCAAAUUGUUUUCACGUAAAUUGAUGAUGACAGCACACUGGAGACCACAAACCAAGACAGAACUGAUGAUGAUGUAUUCUGUCAGUGUUGAAUCCCUUUUCUUACACAAGUAUUAUUACAAAUACGUAAAAAAAACGAAAAAAAAAAAACAGUGUGAUAGAUGGCCCUAUAAUGCUGCUAUGAUCAGUAUUCCAUAAAAAUCUCAUUAUUAGACAUUUAUGUCGUCUAGUGUAUAGUCUUAUCACAUUUUUAUGUGAUAUUAGAACUGUCCGAAAGACAGAAUCAAAUUUAUUCAUGCAGAAUUUGAAUAAAAAAGUGACCUUGUUGAAUUAUA